AUGGCUUCCUCCGAGAAGGUGGCGUAUGACGUCGAGUAUCAAUACAACCGCACAGACGAAAAGCACCGCUCCAGCAUCAUCCCAGAUCAAACAGGUGCUGUCCCUGGAGAGUCCUUCGUGACCGGUGACUCCCUUUACUCCAAACUGCAACGGCUGGCAGGGCGGUUUGGUGUGGAACAAAGAGGAAUAGAACGUGUCCCUGAAGAUGAGCGGACAGACAAGAGCACCUUGAAAGUCGGCACGAUGUGGCUGGCAGCAAACAUGGUCGUCUCGUCCUUUGCCAUUGGUGUCCUGGCCGUGCCAGUCUUCUCCUUGGGCUUUGUCGACUCUUGCCUCGUGAUCAUCUUCAUCAACCUCCUUGGCAUCAUGCCAGUGUGCUUCUUUUCGACUUUCGGCCCGAGAUUUGGUAUGCGACAAAUGAUUCUCAGCCGAUUUUGGUUUGGAUACUGGGGGGUCAAAGUCAUCGCCAUCUUCAAUUGUCUCGCCUGUCUGGGCUGGUCUUCGGUGAACGUCAUUGUGGGCGCCCAGCUGCUGCACGCAGUCAACCCCAAUGUCCCUGGGUAUGCAGGCAUUAUAAUUAUCGCGGCGUGUACUUUCCUCAUCACUCUGUUCGGCUACAAGGUGGUGCACAUGUACGAGAUGAUCAGCUGGGUGCCGUGCUUCAUCAUCUUUUUGAUUGUGCUGGGCGAGUUUGCGCACCAUGGCUCCUUUGAGAACUUGCCAAUGGGUUCCGGCGAGGGCGAGACCGGCUCGAUUCUCUCCUUUGCCGCCUCCGUCUUUGGCUUUGCAACUGGGUGGUCUUCGUACGCCAGUGAUUACACCUGCUACCAGCCCGUCAACACCAGCCGCCGCAAGGUCUUCUUGUACGUCUUCGUCGGGCUGAUCUUCCCCCUUUGGUUUACGGAGAUGCUCGGACUGGCCAUCGCCACUGCCAUCGUCAAUGACCCGGCCUACGCUGCAGCAUAUCAUAGCGACGCUGUCGGCGGCCUGCUCCACCAAGUCCUCGUGCCCCCGUUGGGCGGGUUCGGCAAAUUCUGCCUUGUCAUCCUCGCCCUUUCGAUUGUCGGCAACAACUGCCCCAACAUCUACAGCCUGACUUUCUCGCUCCAAAUCCUCACCCAUUACGCCCAGAAGGUCCCGCGUUUCUUGUGGACACUUGUCGGGACCAUCAUAUACUGCGCCAUCGCCAUUCCGGGGUAUAGCCACUUCGAGGAUGUGCUCGAGGACUUCAUGCUGGUGAUUGGCUACUGGCUCGCCAUCUACGAGGCGAUCGCCCUGCCGGAGCACUUCAUCUUCAGGCACGGCUUCGGCGGCUACACGCCCGCACACUACGACCAACCCAAAUAUCUCCCCCCAUCAAUUGCGGCCUUGGGGGCCUUCUGUUUCGGGGUGUUGGGAGCUGUCAUGGGGAUGGCGCAAGUAUGGUUUAUCGGCCCCAUCGGCAAGCUGAUUGGCAUUGGAUAUGGUGGUGAUAUUGGAUUUGAGCUGGCCUUUUGCUUUGCCUUUGUCACAUAUGUCACCUUCCGGUCGAUUGAGAUCCGGUAUUUCCACCGAUGA